UCCACUUCAAAGGGUCGCAGCUGUUCAACGAACGUAGCCUUUGCCUAAUCCUCUUGCUUGCGUGUGCUCGUUCAGUUCACGAUUUACACUAACGCCUUGUCACUCUUUAGUACUCAAUUGUAACUGUAGACACUAGAUUUUUUGUGUGUUGGUUUCCUUAGUCCUUGUGUGAACGUUCUAGCUUCCUUCUACCUCGUUUCGUUUUCUAAACUUUAGUAUACUAGAUAUUUCCUCUGCUAUAACAUCCUUUAAUCAGAAAUGAGUCAUCCUCCCCCUCCUGCUGCGACGUAUGUCGAAGCAAUUGCCCGUCCUCUGGAGGAAUCACUUGCAAUAUGUAAGAAAAAUAUUGCGUUGAUGUACAAACAUCUCGACAAUUAUCGGUUUAUGGAGGCUUUCCGUUAUUGCAGCAAGAGUCUUCAGGAGAUGCGAAAUGACAUUCUGUCCCCAAAACAGUACUACGAGCUGUACAUGCUUGUUUCAGAAUCGUUGCGUGUGUUGUCGAGAGCAUUACUAGAUGCUCAUCUGAACGGCUCUCAUAACCUGUUGGACUUGUACGAGCUUGUGCAGUAUGCAGGCACUGUCAUUCCACGCCUAUACUUGAUGAUUACGGUCGGCGGCGCCUACGUAGAAAGCCCAGAUGCAUCUGUAAGAGACGUAAUAUCGGACAUGCUCGACAUGAGCAGGGGUGUUCAACACCCUCUACGCGGCUUGUUCCUUCGGCACUUCCUUCUCACGCAAACGCGAAGAGGACUUGUGCAGCUUACGGACAACAAAAAUGAUGACGAAAAGCCCACGAAAUGCACAAUCACUGAUGCCUUGGAUUUUCUGAUUCCAAACUUUAUUGAGAUGAACAAGCUUUGGGUACGGAUGCAGCAUUUAGGACCCAUAAAGGAGUAUGCGAAGCGGUUACAGGAACGAAAUGAGCUUAAAGUUCUCAUUGGCACAAACCUUGUUCGCAUUUCUCAACUUAAUGAGCUGACACUGGAUCUAUACCGCAACAAGGUUUUGCCUGCGAUUAUUGAGCAGAUUGUAGAGUGUCGGGAUGCUUUAGCACAGGAGUAUUUGAUGGAGGUGAUUUGUCAGGUUUUUCCUGACAGCAAGCAUUUGCACACACUCGAUAUUUAUUUCAAUACCCUGCUAAAACUGUCACCUAAUGUGAACGUUACCCAAAUUACUGUCUCCAUGAUUGACCGUAUCACUUCUUAUGUUCAACGAGAAGCAGACAACCUUUCCGACACUGAAUCUAUCAUCAGCACACUGAAGGAGACGUCUUUAGAGGAGUCCCCGAAAACCGAACCAGCUCUCACGUCCCCUGGCGCUCUUGUAAUUCCCGCAGAGCUGAACAUUCCCGAACUAUUUUGGACUCAUGUUAUCGCCGUUUUAAGUCAGCGUUCAGAGCUGUCUUUGGAAAACGUAGUUCAAACUUUAACGAGUUUAUUGACCUUCUUUUUAGUGUGUUAUCCGGGUGAGCUUAAUUAUGCCGACCGUGUCUUUCAGUACAUUACUGAACAGCUGAUAAACCAACCAUCGGUACAACAGUAUCUCAAAGACAAACAUGUCCAGUCGCGUUUAUGCAAACUUUUUACUUUGCCUAUAACAACCUUGUCCAGUUUCUCUGCAUGCCUUAGUCUUCCGAACUAUAUGCCUGUUUUGAAGUGCCAAUCAGACGAUCUUCGUCACAGCAUUGCCAAAAUGGUGCUAGAAAACAUUUUGGAGAAAGAGCAAAUUAUUUCUGACUUGGAAGAAGUGAAAGAAGUUCUUAAUCUCAUGUCAAUGGUGAUUGAAUACGAUGCAGACAAGAACUUUUAUGACCUUGAGAACGUUCCUCGUCUUGUACAUUAUUUGAAGAAUGACGAUCCUCAACUUCAAUAUCAGAUUCUUUGUUGCGUAAAGCAAACAUUUGUUAAGGCGGGUGAGAAUGCUAGAAUAAUUCUACCAGUGGUUAUAAACAAAUGCAUUGUUCUCGUCCGAGAGUUCCGUCUAUUUAAGUGUAUGGAUUGGAAAGAAAAAGUUUCCGAUCUUUGGAAAUUCGUAAACCAGUGCAUUUCCUUCCUUUACACAUCGGCGGACUCGUCAGAUUUGGCCUUUUCUCUUUAUUUGUUUGCUGCCGAAACAGCAGACAAGGAGAAUUAUCCGGAGUUCGCUUAUGAGUUUAUUUCAUCGGCCUUUUCGAUAUACGAAGAAUCGGUCAUUGACUCCAGACUUCAGUUCCAACAAUUAACGACAAUAAUAUCUGUGCUCCAACAAACACGGAAUUUCUCUACAGAUGAUUAUGAUACACUGAUAACGAAAGUUACACUCUACGCCUCGAAGCUUCUUAAGAAGCCUGACCAGUGCAGGGGUAUCUAUCUCGCGAGUCACUUAUGGUGGCAGACGCACGAGUCGGAAGAGGAUAAGCAACCAUUCUGUGACGCAAAACGUGUCCUUGAAUGUCUACAGAAAAGCUUAAAGAUUGCUGAUGCUUGCAUGGACCAAGUAACCAGCACUAAGCUAUUUAUCAAUAUACUCGCGUAUUAUUUUUACUUCUAUGAACAACAAUGUGAAUCGAUCAUUCCAAAGCACAUUAACGGCCUCAUAGACUUGACGGAACAAAACUUUAGAAAUCUUGUCAGUGCAGCCAGCAAUGACAUUUUGUUGGAUAGCACCGCAUGUGCUAGUGCUAUAUGGGAGACACCUCAAAACCAAGGCAUUGAUGCUUUGCGUGGAUACCUUGAGCGUACCAUUGCUUAUGCUGAAAGCCGCACUGAUGAGGAGAGAUGGUCUGCUGUGUUUCAAUGAUCCUAUUUAAUCCUUUAAAUCAAUGAAAAGUGAAUACGAAUUUGUUUUAUGAAUACGUUUAGCUGGGUAAGGGUAGUGCACCUUCGCUGGUGAGGACCUGAAUUAAAGCUUUGUCAAGAGAAUACUCGCAGCGUGUGU